CUGUCGACCGUAGUACCAGCUCAUGUCGUGUGUCGCGAAGCUCUAGUACGUUUACGCAAUAAACUGUUCCAGCGUCGAAACCUAUGCAAAAUUACUAAAUUUGUGCCAAUUAUCACUUGGUUGCCAAAAUAUGACUGGACUCAGUCAUUUUUUGGCGAUCUAUCAGGAGGGCUCACUAUGGCUGUGUUCUCGGUGCCACAAGGCAUCGCGCUUGCUGGAAUCACUGGUGUUCCUCCCGUUUAUGGUCUGUACACAGCUAUAUUCCCUUCAUUUCUCUACAUCUUUUUCGGGACAUCGAAACAUAAUGCGCUUGGAGGCUUCGCUGUGCUCUCGCUAAUGACCCACACAGCUAUUCAGAAGGUGAUGAUGAAAACAGCAAUUAGUUAUAACAGCACAUCGUAUGUUAAUCAUACCCUCACUGAUUUUUUUCCUUCAUGCUAUUUCAGAACUAUGGUUGUGAAUUUUAGCUAUAAUAAUGAAACUGCAAUGGUCGAAGAGGUGACUACCGAGAUGUGGACCGACGGUGUGAGCCCCGUCAAAGAGAUUCAUGUUGCCACAACCAUAAUUUUUUUUGCCGGCUGCAUUCAAGUGCUUAUGGGUGUUUUCCGCUUGCAGUACCUCACAACAGUUUUUUCGGAGCAAGUUAUGUCAGGUUUCGUUGUCGGAGGAGGUAUACAUGUAUUUUUUGCACAAAUUGGUGAUACUCUCGGAAUGAAAUUGCCAAGAAGGAGUGGGCCGGGCUAUUUAUACUAUAGAAUAUGGGACCUGAUUGGAAAUAUACAUAACAUACACUGGCCGACAUUGUCCAUCUCGCUGUCAUCGCUGGCUUUCCUUGUAUUAGGAAAAGAGUUUAUUUCUCCUUGGCUUAGCACGGCUUUCAACUUUCCAGUACCCUUCGACUUGGUUUUGGCUGUAGUCGGCAUAACUGCCACGAACUACGCAGAAUUAUCGAGAAGACACAACAUCAAGGUUCUAGGAAACAUCCCAACUGAGUUCCCACCACCAAGUCUACCACGAUUUGAUCUCAUUCAAUACAUUGGGGUGAAUGUAGUGGCUAUAGCCUUGACUGCUGUCGCCAUACAUUUGACUGUGGCAAAGAUUGUUGAAAAAAGAUACAAAUAUAAGAUCAACCAUGGACAGGUGGCUUUUUCCUUUUCAGGAGCUGUAUGCUCUUGUAACUUCAGGGUUUGCACGAAGUGUUGUAGGAGCUGCCGUGGGUGGAAGUACACAGGUCUUACCUGUCUCUUUUCGUCGCUUGCACUUGUUUUGGUUAUUUUGUACAUCGGCCCAGCCUUAGAAUACCUUCCCCAGUGCAUUCUGUCGACCAUGAUUAUUGUAUCACAAAAGGUCAUAUUUGCAAAAUUUGCAGAACUGCGAGAACUAUGGCCUGUGUUCAAAGUGGACUUCACAAUAUGGAUUAUGAGCAUGAUUCUAACAGUGUGCUUCGAUAUGGGUGAGGGACUUCUUCUUGCCACCGGUUUUGCAGUAUCAACAACCAUCAUCCGAAUGCAGAAGUUUGUGCUCCAGCCAAUUUCAAAUACGUUAGAACUAAGCAGUCAGCUUUUCCCGACG